UCUUUUACACCAUCAAGAUGAACGCUCAUUUUUUAAUGCUAAGUUUUCUCUAUUUCACACAUUCGCAGUGUAAACUUUCGAGCAAUUCAGUAGAAAGAAUCAUCGGUGGCGUAGACAUCAAUAUCGAAUCAGUUCCUUAUGUGUUGUCAAUGAUGUUGAAUGGUAUGUACGCAUGCAGUGCUGCUAUAAUAAACAAUAAUUGGGCUGUAACAGCAGCCCAUUGUAUAACAGCAGUUAAUGAUCCUCGUAAAGAAAUCACCGUAUACAGUGGAUCCUCCAUUCUCUACAAGAAUUGCGUCGCUCAUAAUAUUGUUAAUUUUUUUAUACAUGAAAAUUACGAUAGCAUGAUCAACGACUAUGAUAUUGCUGUUAUCAAAGUAACACCUACGUUCACAUACAAUAGUUUUACGAAAGCAGUUGGCUUGGCUCUAGAUAACGCCGAAAAUGUCUUUACAGAAUGGGGAAUAGUUUGCGGUUGGGGAUAUUAUUUGAAAUUUGAUGAUGAUAAUAUUGAUCCAAUUCUGCCCAAAACUCUGAAAUGUAUCAUAAUACCGUUAAUAGAAAGAGAGUCAUGUUGCGAAGAUUAUAAAGAUAGAUAUGUAAUAACACCACGAAUGUCAUGUUAUGGAUAUCAGGAUGGAGUCGAAGAUGCUUGUAAAGGUGAUUCUGGAGCAGCGCUAGUUAAUAAGAAUGGUAUUCUGCUCGGUGUAACUUCAUGGGGAGACGGUUGCGCCGAAAAAUAUUCACCCGGGGUAUACACCAAUGCUAUAUAUCUUCGACAUUGGAUUAAAAAUAAAACUGAAAUGGAUAUUUCAGAUAGUUAUUACCAUAGCUUCAGUGCGGAACCAGAUGUAUUUUAAAGGAUAAUUUACAAGGAAGUCGCUGUAUCUUUUUACUUUAAGUCAAAAUUACUGCAAAACGAAAAAAAACUUAUUUAAAAAUUCUCUUCGAUCCGGGCCAUUUUUAAUGCAUAUUUUCAACUAAAAAGAAUUUUUUUUUAUAGUUUAUGAUCCUAAUAAACAUUUUGUUAAAGAACAAAUCUUGAUUUCAAUUCUCGAUUUCAUUUCUUUGUAAUAAAUUCUCCCCAUAAAGCUUCAUUUUCGACAAAUCUGAUUGCUUAGUCCCCUUAAUAAAAGAAUUAAAUUCUACACUGCAUAA